UUUGACAUUGACACUGACAACAAAAAUAAAGGGCAGAAGCCGCAGCACUUUACAUUUUACGUUUGGUUGGAAUUUCAUAUCUUUGAUUUCGUUUUUUAAUUUAUCGAUAAGAUCAUCAGAAUACGCGUACAAUGACAACAGCAGUGAUGAAAAUCGAAGUUCAAAUGGAGAGCUGUUGUGUUUGCGGCUUGGACGGCGCCGGCGAAUUGAUGACGCCCGAGGAGUACGACGCCAGCGCCGGGCCUCCUCAAGUGCCCUUGCGUGCUAUGCUACUGCAUCUCAAUAAUAACAAGGUGUUGCCUGAUGGGCGUUUGUGUCUGAAUUGCAUACGUCGCACAACUGAUGCGUACGAGUUCAGUACCACUCUCUCAACAAGGACUGUGCCACCAUUAAGCGAGAAAAUCCGUGCUCUUCGUCGUCGCUUGCAUGAGUUGACACAAAAAAUCGACGUCUUUAUUGUAGUGGGUGGACCCGGUGUGAAUGCAGGAGGCACCUACAGUGAGGAAGAUAUUAUAAUGGUGGACAAGGAUGCUUUGGCUGCCGCCACUGCUGCUGAUGAUGAGGAUAUGGAGAAAUCUAAAAAUGCGCGUGGAGAGACAGUUUAUCAGUGUUCUGUGUGUCCAUUAUCUUUCCAGCGGUUGUCGGAGUUCCGGGCGCACGAGGCGACGCACGCAGCGGACGCGCCGCACUCGUGCUGGACGUGCGGCGCGCAGUUCAGCAGCCGCCAGCGCGCGCGCGACCACCAGCGUCUGCACCACGACCACACGCUGCUCUGCUACCUCUGCAACACCACAUUCCAGUCGGCGGCGGAGCUGCGGCGGCACAGCAGCUGGUGCGUGGGGUCGGGCUGCCCGCUGUGCGGCGCGGCGGCGGCGUCGCGCGCGGCGCUGGCGGCGCACGCGGCGGCCGCGCACGGGCGCCGCGCGCCGCCGCCGCUGCUGUGCCCGGCGUGCUUCAAGGCGUUCGUGUCGGAGGACGACCUCAGCGCGCACGCGCUCGCGCAUCGCCAGGCCGACCAGUACGUCUGCGGGUACGACGGCUGCAUACUGAGGUUCGGAACCAGAGGCAACCUGCUGUCCCACAUCCGAGCGGCGCACGCGGCGGCGCCGCCGGCCGCCAGCGCCGCGCCCACCACGUGCGCGCACUGCGGACGGACGUUCGGUUCUGUGGCGGCCAUGAAGAGGCACGCGCGCGUGCACCUGCGGGCCGAUGAGACUCACCCUGAGGCGGUGGAGGGGUCGGGGGAGGGGGAGGGCGUGGGGGAAGGGGAGGGGGAGGACCACGUCGAGUACCUCGAGAUGGACGCGUUGGAGGAGUGACGGUCAGCAUGUUGGCCUCGAGUCCGUGGGAAUUCGGGGAUAAUUAGUAGUGAUUAAGACUAAGAAUAAUAGCCAGAGCUUUGAAAAGAGUGUGCUAAAAGAAAGGUAAAUGUCAUCUUUUUUAUUAAAAGGCUGAUAGGUCAAAACAAGAUAGACCUCAAUAUACAAUUGAGGUCCAUUUUGUUUUGACCAAUAACUUUCUGAUCUGUCGUGUAAAUAUGGCGUCAUUUAUUAUUUUAAAACAAAUGUAGGCAUAGCUUUGUAAACCAAAGCAUAUAUUACUUUUGUUGAUGAACUGAUGUUACAUAUAUUGUUAUGUACGAUGACGAUUUCCAUAUUGUUUAGAUUAAUUAGAUAGAAAUAAAAUAUAUUUGACAUAAAA